ACGCCGCGAGUGAGCUCACGCGGUUGCGCCGCAUGACUGUUUUGCACGACUCCCGCGCGCUUGGCACGAAAACAGAUUUCUUUCGCAUCUUCUGUUUUCCUGUCAGUCCUUCGAUGUCUAAACGAGAAGAGAAGAGAUUGCGAGUGGAAUACGCACGUGCCCGACGUGUUUCGCGUGAAAGAUUAGGCGAUCCGCUCUCGAGAGCUUUUUCAUUACGAUGAAUACGUCUUUAUCUGUUUUCAUUUCUUGAGAAAAUAAGUGGAAUCUUUCAUUAUCUUAAAUAUUGUGCUUUAAAUGUUGCAGAUUUCAUUAAUAAAUUGAUAUCACAUGUACAAAGUGGACUUCAGAAACAAUAGCAGGACCAAGCAAAUGUAUCCAUUAAUUAUCGACUAUCAAGUGUUCGCAAUAGUUUUGCAAUUAUAUUCAUGCAAUAGCUUGGGCACCCAGAUAGCCAGUGUAUCCAAACAGAGUGUGAGUGCUCCUUUGCUGCGUUGCGUGUCCAAACAAACAUAUUUGAAAGAAGGCGACCUUUGGUGUCAACCGUCCGCUGUCGUACACCGUGAGAAUACGAUGGAUAUCUUGGAAAAUCGGCGAUUAUCUUCGAUCAAGGGUAACGAUCCCGUGCAAGUUCAGCCCCAGAAGAUAAGAUUACGUCUCAGGCCAGGCGAGGACUAUCGCGUAACUAUGAAAUACAGUCAGGCGGAGGAUUAUCCUGUGGAUCUAUAUUACCUUAUGGAUCUAUCAGCGUCCAUGGAGCCAUACAAAGACAAAUUAUCGAAGCUCGGUCUGCAAUUGGCUGAUGCCAUGAAAAAGCUCACGUCCAAUUUCCGUAUUGGCUUCGGCAGCUUUGUAGAUAAGGUCGUUUUACCGAUGACUAGCACGCAGCCUGAUAAAUUGGAAUCUCCCUGCAUUUUGAAAACUGAAGAACCGUGCGCGCCGCCUUACGAUUAUAAAAAUCAGAUGCCUCUUACGGGGAACGUUACUUUGUUUGAGGAUCAGGUACAAGCGGCUCCGGUGUCGGGUAAUUUGGACGGUCCCGAAGGCGGGCUCGACGCGAUGAUGCAGGUCAUAGUGUGCACCAAGGAAAUCGGCUGGCGCCAAAAGGCACGUCAUCUUAUUGUGUUCUCGACCGACGCAAUCUUCCACAUCGCUGGGGACGGUAAGCUUGCAGGGAUAAUAGAGCCCAACGAUUGCAAGUGUCACUUGGACGAGAAAGGAUUCUACACUUACUCCCUUCUGCAGGAUUACCCGUCAAUUUCUCAGCUCAACAGAAAAGCGCGCGAGUACAAUAUGAACAUUAUCUUCGCCGUCCCUUACGAAAAAAAUGCGACUUAUCAACGAUUAAGUCGUAGCAUCAGCGGAUCCUCAACCGGAACUCUGGAAAACGAUUCGAAGAAUGUCGUCGCCUUAGUGAGCAGCGAAUACGAAAAACUAGUGGACUCUGUAACAAUGAUCGAUACAGCGCCAAAGAUGAUCAACGUUAAAUAUUUCUCCCGGUGUUUGAACAAAAUGGGAGAGUUGUUGGAACGUCAGGAAUGCGGAGGACUCCGCGUGGGCAAUAUUAUCGAGUUUGAAGUUGUGCUUAAGGUUGUAGAAUGUCCCAAGGAUCCAAGGGACUGGCAUCAAACUAUGGAGAUCAAACCUAGAGGCCUGAAUGAGAGUUUGACUAUUGAUCUGGAAAUCAUGUGCGACUGUCCUUGCGAGAAACCUGGACACCCGGGAUAUCAGCCGAACGCGGCAGAAUGCAAGGGUAAAGGCACAUCCGUGUGCGGCGUGUGUUCCUGCAACCGCGGUUUUUACGGAAAGCAAUGCGAGUGCGAGGGAAACAAUGUCAGUGCUGACAACUCGAUCUCAAUAACCGACUGCAAGCCCGACAAUCAAACCACCGAGAUCUGCAGCGGUCAUGGUACGUGCAAGUGUGGCGUUUGCGAUUGCGACAAACGGCCGAACCCGCAAGAAUUGUUCUACGGAAAAUACUGCGAGUGCGACAAUUUCUCUUGCAAACGCAGUGGUGGCCAGGUCUGCGGCGGACGGGGCAAGUGCGAAUGCGGUACCUGCAAUUGCCUGCCGGGAUGGGGUGGCGAGACCUGCGACUGCAAGGAGACCAACAGCACAUGCAUCCCGCCGUCGGGCGAGCACGUUGAGAUUUGCAGCGGACGCGGCGACUGCAUCUGCGGCAGCUGUCACUGCCACGAACGGGACAAUAUCCGAUAUUCCGGACAAUAUUGUGAGGAGUGUCCGACGUGUCCAGGACAACGAUGCGAGGAGCUGAAGGAUUGCGUGGAAUGCGUGGCGUACAACGCAGGACCAUUCGCGACAAAUGGAAAAUGUGACUUGUGCAUGCACGAAAUAGACAUUGUCGACACUGUCGAGGAGGAUUCUGCGAAGGACGCAGAAACCGACGCCCGCAUAUGUCGAACACCCGGUGAUGCAGGCUGUACGUUUGUUUUCAAAUAUCAAUAUCACAGAGCCGGUACCGGGGGAGACAUAAAAAUCUUCAAGAUUCAAGCCCAGAAAGAGAGAGCUUGCCCAACACCCAUUAAUGUUUUCGGUGUUGCGCUGGGCGUCGUCAUAAGCACCGUCAUCAUCGGUUUCCUGAUUCUCCUCAUUUGGAAGAUCCUCACGAUCAUCCACGACAAGAGGGAGUUCGCCAAGUUCGAGAAGGAGCGCGCCCUCGCUAGAUGGGACAGAGGCGAGAAUCCUCUGUACAAACAAGCGACGUCGACUUUCAGCAAUCCAAUGUUCAAGGUAUAUCCCAGUUAAGUUAAUAAUUUAUAACUUUGGACUCUCAUUGUGAUACAUUAUAUACGAAUUUCGUAUAAUAAAAAGUUUUUAAGUUUUACUUUGUGCACAUGGAAAUUUCAUAAUAACGCAUUGCGAGAUGACGAAUGUUAUUCACAACGAGUUGUUAAAGAUCAGUUCCUAUGUGUGCAGUUUUCUUAUAUUCGAUAUGAGAGAUUGAUUAUUUAAAGAAAUCAUUAAAUUUAUUAUCUUAUAUUUGACCACAACGCAAAACAGAAUAAACUCCACGACGCACCGUUGGAUUUCGACCCAA